UAAAUUGCGCUUAGUUGGGCAUAUGUUGUGAAUGUCAAAAUAUUGAGUUGAGUCAUUGUGAUGUCGGUGGUUUGUUUAUAAACAUUUCUUGGGACUCUUAAGGAGAAAAUAGUUUUCAGUAAUUAGGAAGCUGCCAUGGCGGUACUACGAAACGAGCAACGUGAGCAUCUAAAAAUUCUAAGAGAAAAAUCGCCAGAAGCUGUGGUUGAUUUAUGCAAGCUAGCUAUUGACUAUCUGAACAAUGGGCCAAACGAAAAGAAAUAUUCUGCCGUCGCUAAAAAGCUGAAUACAUCUCAAGAUUUGGUGCAACCAACAAUUGAAGCCUUAGUUUGUUUGCUAAUAGAUGCAACAAAGUCUAGUGUAAGCGAAGCAGAUUUUGAAAAUUUGAAGACAUCUGGCUUCUCUUUAGACCAAAUAUCUAUUCUAUGGCAAUUUGUAUCCAGUAAGCGAAUAUUUGUCGAAAACAUAUUGAGAGCAACAAGUCCAAGAGAGUUUCGAUUUCGUGAUCUGGAAUGGAGGCUUGAUGGAAAGAUUGCUUCCCGAAGUCUUUUGUACCAGGCGAAUCCCAUCAUCAUUAUAAAACUUCAUUUGGAUACUGAACAAGUAAGUGAACAUCGUAGUGUUUUAGGAGCAAAACGUGAUGAAUCAAAAAAGAAAUAUGAAACGGCCAAACAAUUUCUUCUACAAACUGAUCCAAAUAAUUUAGUCCACAUUAUUGAUGUUUUGGAACGGGCAUUGUUGGAAUCGAAAACACAUCGAAUGCGAGAUAUGUUAAAGGCACUACAUGUGUGAAUUUAUUAAUGUAGUUGAUUAUGAUGAUUCUGUACGGUACGUGGAAGACGCGCCAAAAUACAGUAAAUAGAAGAUGAAUAAUAUUACUUGAAG